GAAUUCCCAAUUCGCUAGCGUGCAGCAGGUAUGUCUGGAAACAUGCCUGACGUGAAGAACAUCUGAGGCUUGUUUUGACAUAACCAGACCUCGUCUGUCGAUACAGACGCUCGGUGUGAUGAUCGCAAAAUCAACUGCAUGUGUCACCGAUUUGUACCUGACUCAUAGAAUGACUGUCUUUCUCCCAGGAUCUACAAAGGAUUAAGAGAAUAUUCAAUGCACUGUUAUUAAAGCUGAUUGCUAAUAGGGAAGAAGUAUAAACCCCUUAUAAACAACAAAGGUUAUUUUGCUUGAAACUGUGAUUACUCUUGGUUUUUGGUCAACUCAAUAUCCGGUGACAGCUUCCCAAAACAACACGAGAUUACUCAGUUCUGCCAAGUUUUGAAAAGUGGGAAAAUCUAUUAUCAAGCGUGUGAACUUUUGAUCCUUAAUAAGAAUGAUUCAGCUCUAUCUGUUUUAAACUGUUCUUCCUAGAGGUCCAGCUGUAAUCACUAUAUAAUCAGGCAACAUCCACCCUGCGGACCUAAAGCAUUUGAAAGCAAAGGACAAAUUAAGACCGCCCGCCACAUCAUUCCUGCAUCCUAUGGCGCCAGGCGACGAGCGAUUAAACAGCGAGAGAUAUUUCAAUGUUUAAGUGUUUGAACGAAUGAUGCAAGCUAAUCAACCGCAAUAUUUGAGUGGAAUUAAAAAGUUAUUGAUACGAACGACGUAAAUCAGGAAGAUACAAUGGAUAAAAAGAAGCGUUUCCCUCGUCCUUCGUCUUUUAUAAAACGGCGUCCGAGCUUUAAAAAUAAGCUAGGUAUCAAGUCAAAUAAGUCGAAGGAAAGCCUAGAUCGUAUUGACUUGGCAAACAAUGAGACCGCUACUCCUGAGGACAAUGACGAUAAUCUGGAGCAAUGUAAACGCUUAAAAAGCGAACUUGAAAGUUCCAAGGAUAAAAUGGACCAUUUUGAAACUGAGGUUGAUCUCCUUCGCUCGCAACUACGGAGUGCUUACAGGAAAGAGUUGAAAACACAUGAAACCGUGGGCACUGAUAGCGAAAUAGACUACGAUUUGUUUACAUCAACAGGGCAAGAUGAUAUUCGACAGAAUAUCGGACCAAAGGCUUAUUCCGACGGCGAAUUGGACCCGAGUGAGCACCAUAGCAGGCCAUGUAAGGAAUGCGAGAAGCUCCUUUUGACUCGAGUUAGUGCUUUAGUCGAAGCAAUUACGCUUAGAAAAUACGUUUUACAGAUGAGUAAGAUUAACGACAGCAGCGGGAAUAGCGCUGAAGCCUUUCUCAGCGAAAACGAAAGAAAAUUGACCAAAACAUUGGCGGAGAAGGAACUUCUGGCGAGGCAGUUGAAGUCUGUUUGUCGUGAACGUGAUAAAGUGCUCCUGGAACGAGACAGAGCUUUGGAAGAAUGGGAAAAGGCCGCGAGCAAAUGGGAGACGACCUUGGAUCAAUUGGAUACAUUAAUGAUUCAACAGAAUGAGGCCAAGGAAAGAGAUAACAAGACAAUCUCACGUUUACGAGGAGCGAUUUCCGAGCUUGAAUCGACUGUCAAGGAGAAAGAACUCACGAACAAUGAACUCCAGCAAAGAUGCAUUCAAAUGGAGUCACAGCUUUCUUUGUCCAAGAAGGAAACUCAGGAUUGCCUGAACGAACACGAUGUAGUUUUGAAAGCGAAUUUUAACAUCGCACAGGAACUAAGGCGUGUUGACGGAGAGUUGAAGGAAACGCAAAUGAAAUGCAAGGAGCUUGAAGCUGCCAUUCAGAAGGCCCAAACGUUGUUGGAACGAAGCAAAGCCACAAACGAACACAUCGUUAAACAGUGGAAAUACGCCGUGAAGGAAAAGAAGAAGCUGCAGAGAGAUAUAUCUAGCAUUGUUGUGUCUCGUGAUGAAGCGAUACAGAGGAAUCUAUCCACGUUAUCCCAGCUGGACAGAGUUAAAGAUGAGCGCGAUAGGUUGGCGAAAAGAUCGCGGAGUGUGGAUACAAACGGGAAUUAUAGCGACACUUCGGAAAACCAUUGUAGCUUGGCUGACUGCCAGUUUUGUGCUGAUUCAAGCACUCCACCUGGUACACUCGUACGUUAUGAUCAAAUCAAUGUGUCCGUGGCAAAAAACGACCUGCCAGAAUUUGAGUUAUAUCUUGCGCCCGCGCUGAUUAGUGGUCACAACACUGUCAUGGUAACAAAAGUGGACGAACGCCUGAUGAAACAAUACAACAUCAGGAAAUAUGAUGAUGUCGUUUCUGUGAAUCAGGAGAGUGUUGUCGGUGCUGAUGUUGAUAAAGUCAGAAAUUUACUGGAAGAAAGUGAGACUGACUUGAAUUUGACAUUACGGAGAUACAAGACUCCUUGCGAAAUCACUUUUGAGACAGAAGUUCCGAUUCCAAAAAGAUCUAAAUUAGGCUGUGGCGUGCAAUGGGGUGUGUACAUCAAGGAACUGUCUUCAGGAUUGGCAAAAGAAUCGGGAAAUAUCGAAACAGGAGACUAUAUAAACACGAUUAAUGGAAAGAAUCUUUCAAAGAUAUUGUCCUCAGCUCUCGAUAAAUAUUCCAAACGUGGUGAGAAGAUGUGCAUGGAAAUCACAAGAAAACUCUCACCGACGCUGUGGAAGUGCCCGUGUCACUACAGCACUUUGAGAAAAAGCAGGGCAACGUUACGAGAUAAAUAUCCGAACCGUGAUUCAGUCAUUUCGAUCGAUAGUUACCAUUCACUGGGCGCCUCAAGCAUUAGUUCUAUCCCAUCAUACAUUUCAAGCAUCGACUCGGCCUCAGUCUGUUCUCCUGCGACCGCGUCGGAAAGCGAAGGCUACUCGAAGGUGGACCGAAAGCAUUCGGAGUUAUACGCGGUCGAUACCGGAGUCCCUCCGACGAUUGCCGAAGAAUCUUCGACGGAUGAUAGCGUGUUCCACUCGGACAGAGGAAGAAGAGUCAGAAGUCUGACGCACUUAGGACGACCAAGACAUUCCAAGAAAGAUCCUCUUACUAGAGCCCAGUCUCUGACUCAUUCUCUCAACUCAGACAACAGCAGUAUUCGACCAAGAAGCACCUCGCGUUCCUCAGGGACCAUCUGUAGCAAUGGAAGUAUCGUUUCAGUAAAACAGUCUCGUCUUUGUCUGAUUUUGGGCUUAAUCCCGGCUGAAAAUCAUUCCAUUAUCUUUGUUUGUUUCUCUUCAAGAUCUCGCGUUAUUCGUUUGGACAAACGUGCGGACGAGCGACUAGGUUUGAAGAUCGGUGGAGGAAAUUGUGUUGGUAUUUACGUCACGGGAUUUCUCAAGCAAAGUCUGGCCGAGGAAGCUGGAGUAAGAAUUGGUGAUCGUUUGUUGCAGUUAAACAGCUACACCGUCAGCCAAGUUACUUUGGAUUAUGCGACAAGAAUUCUGAGAAUAUUGAGAAAAUGCAACUACAUUAGAAUGGAGGUCCAUAAUUACACAAACGUUGAUGAUGUAUUAAAAGAGGGAACAUUGGACUCGCUGUAUUUAAGAGCACGCAUCUCUCACGUGGCCAAGAAUCCGUUAGAGCUCAGCUACAGUAUCGGGGAAAAACUACGCGUGACCAAUACCCGGGCAAACUAUGACCCGGUGAAAGAGAUAUGGCAAUGGUAUGCAGUCCGUGAGAGACCUGGGGAUGAUGGCACGAAGAAGGAAGGGCUUAUUGCAGCAAUGAACUAUUCACCGGAGUUGGACGACACUAGUUCCCAGGCGAGGACAGGGCAGACUGGGCGCGAGUCGGAAGGAGACGACGCCAGUAGCGUGUUCUCCGACGACAGUUUACGAAACAAUCGACGCGUGAGGAGAAAUUCCGUGGAAAGUCUGGCAAAACUGAGGCGAUAUCGCACUGCCAAGUGGAGAACAUCCAGCGUUGAGAGCUUGGGAUCUGAGACCGACUCACAGGCUGAAAACAAGACUACAAGUUAUUAUGAAAUCCUGCAAGAAAAGCAAGUGUGAGUGAGGCGUUGAAACACUGCAUUAACUAGUUUUCAUCAAGGUUCAACUGCAGAAUAACUUUUCUCGAAGUUAGACAUAUGGCGGUCCUUGCUUGAAGCCUCAAGUGAACCCAGUUUGAAGUUCGAAAUAUAUUUCAAGAUGCGCGCGGUGUUCCUUGUAUGAUGUGUGCAUGGACAUCACAAAAUAGUUAGCUUCAAAGAUGAAACGUUUAGAAAGAGAAAGAUGAUAUUUGAUUGUUAAACAAUUCUUGUGGUUCAAGAAUACGAUACGAUGGAAUUGAAGAAUGUUAUAUACAAGAUAUGUGGCACAAAUCUUUAAUAUUCUAUCCAUAUAACAGAUGAGUCUGAGCGUUGCACGUAAAAAUUAAGCAGUAAGACCGUAAAACUCUCUUCCAAAAAACAACUUACAUGCCUCAGUUAAAAUAGCCAAGAGCUUGUCCAAAAAGUUGAAACGAUAUCCACAGAUGUCCAAAAUAUCAAAGGAUUGCAAUAAACUGUAUUUGUCUUCACCCAUUUGAGCUGACAUUGAAUAGAAUUUUAUAAUUAAAUCGAGGUG